UGUUUUCUGUCAGCACCUGUGGCUUAAGUGUUUGGUGAGACUGCAGAUUUUUGCUGAGGUUCAGGGGUUUGAUUCCCAGGAGCCCCAGGUGGGACAGACCAGCUCUUCUUUCUCUUUCCUUCUUUCUGCUGGAUUUAGUGGCCCACCUGGUCCCAGCACCUUCAGCUCACCUUCAGGCAGUCUCGAUCCUGUGUGUCUCACAGUGACAGCUCCACCCCUCAACCCUCCCUGUUAUUUGCUUCAUCAUCCAGCACCGAACCGCAGUGUUGACAUCAUGGUUUCUCCGGGAAUAAUAGCAGCUGUAGCCGGAGCAGCUGGCUCCUUGGUGUUAGCUCCUUUUCUGAUUUCGGCUGCUGGUUUCACCUCUGGUGGCAUUGCUGCAGGAUCUGUUGCAUCAUCAAUGAUGUCAUCAGCAGCUGUCGCUAACGGUGGGGGUGUGGCAGCAGGAGGCCUUGUCGCCACCUUGCAGUCUCUUGGUGCAGCCGGCCUCACUAAAGCUGCCACAGUUGCUGUGGCAUCUGCGGGAGCCGCAGUUGGUGGAGCAACCGAAUGGCUGGUCAGGACUCUCAGGCGCUGAAACCUUGUUUUCAAAACAGGAAAAACAUGGAAAGACAUUGUGUGCUUGCUUGAAGCAUAAAAAAAUAUCAGACAUCUGAUCAGUGUUGAUCUUUUUAUUACAUUCUUGUGGUUAAACAAAUACACCCUUAAACUGGCUUUGAUUUAAAACUGAUUUCAUGAUUGCAGUGCAAUUUGGCAUUUAUUUAAAAAAUAAAAAUUCUGUGAACAUGAUUUAAGUAUUUAAGAAUGUAAAAACCUGUCUUUGGUUGAAAACAGUUGCAUUUUGCUUUAAUCUAGUGUGGGAGAAUUUUGUCUUUCAUUGUGAUUAAAUGUGUUUAUCUUAAAACAUGCUUACACAAGUAGCAGCAAUGAAUUUUUAAUUCAUAAACAAUCCAAAUAAAGCCAGGCACAAAAACAGAAAAAGGACAUUAAAUGUCUAUUUUAGUAGUGAUCAAUAAGAGGGGCGGUGUAAAUCCAAACACCAUUGCCCUCAGUUGUCACCGUCACAAUCGGCUUGCUCAUCAGGGACAAUCUGAUCAUUGUGAUUCAUACAUAUUUUCUCAAACUUUUCAUAUUAAUUUCACUAAUUUUCUUUUGAUUGUGUAAAGCUGCUUUGCUUUGUUAAAAGCUGUACACGAGUAAAACUGACUUUGAAUAA